AUGGGAGUGCCGCCCACUGUAGAGGAACUGAAAAGGGAAAAAAUUAUCCCUCAUGUUUUUCCGGACGAAAAUGUGAACUUGACUGUAGACAUGUUCAUAAGUUUUAAAUCAGGAAAGGAAGUAAAUCAUGGAAACAUAUUAGAUUUAGCUGGCACAGGGAGUGUCCCUAGGAAUAUAAAAUUUUCAGAAGCACCCCCAGAUGAUUACUGCUAUAUUUUGUUUAUGAUCGAUCCUGACUUCCCUUCUAGAAGAAGACCGGAUGGAAGAGACUACGUUCACUGGGCUGUGUCCGGGAUUAAAUCCAAGGAGCUAGAAGAAAAUAAGAGCAACAUUAGCGGGGUGCCUCUAUACCGAGGCGAGCAUUACAUUACCAGAGUUAAAUUUAACAACUGCCAGUCUGCUUAUAACGUUAUACAGAUGAAUGAUAUGAAAAUUGUGGGUUUUAACUGGUGCCAGAUAGAGGCAUAA